ACUGCAAGCUCUGGAGAGCAAGGGUGGGCAUAAAGAUGGGGUAGCUGGAAAGGAACAGUAGAAUGAACAUCAACAAGACCAGGUGGCAGGAUUUGGGCCUCACCCCCAGGCAGCUGUCCAAGAAGAUAGGGGUCACCUAUUCUAUGGCCGAAUUCAUCACACAGAGCUACCGCAUACCAGUUCAAAUCAAAGUCCCACAAGAUGCCCGCAUCUGUUCACCUCCAUGUAAGCGCAAGUGCCCCAGGAAGAACCAGUGUACAUACAAGAUCACAUGCAAAAGCAGAUGUGAAGAAACGCCUGGUUUUGCAGCCCCAUCAACAUCUUGUAGCAGAAAGAGAGAAAGAUCAGAGGAGCAGCGAAGGGAGUGUGAAGAUCCUUCUUCACCUUUUGCUUGGACCAAAACUAAAAAGGUAUACGAGUCUGAGGAGUCUUUAUGCUCCCUCUCAAGGAGUAACAAAAGCAGCAAAGACAGAUGUAAGAGCCCCACCUCAUCUUGUUGUAGCAGCUCCUGCGGGCAGAUAUGUGCGUCACCCACUGCUUUCCAGAAAGCAAAAUGUUCAAGAGGAAAGAGAAGGCAAAAGCAUAGAAGAAAAAGCAAUGCAGGAGUUACAUGCAAAGCAACUGUCAAAUGCAGCUCUACUGAACAGCCCAGCCUGAAGAAGCGCAGAAUCGUCCCUAUAGACAUCCACCUAAAUGUACCUUUAAAUAUAUUUCUGGAUAAUGAAGAUGGCAUAGAGUUAGAAAAUGAGGUCCAGCAGCCAUGCAAUAAAUGGAAAAACAGGAGUCCUUGUGUCCAAGUGCCAUCCGUACAGGAAGAUGACAACUGCGGGCUGAAGAGUGGCGCAUGUCAAAGACCAGAGCACCGAGCUGAGCUAUGGAAAGAGGAAUCAGAUGACCAAGAAGAGAUUGAGAUGGACGAAUGUGUCCCAUGUGAAGACUCCAGUUCCGAAGGAAAGGAAAGCUGCAGGAAGCCAAAAGUGGGAGACAGUUGCCAAGUUUCAUGGUGGGAAAGGAUCCAAGAGUGCAUGCUCUUUCUUGAGUCUCUUUUGUCCUCUAUAGUAAAUAAAUGUCCUAAAUAAUUGG